CAGCCAGCCAGGAGCUCAAAGAAGCGGUCCUCGCGCGCAGUGUCUCCGGGAGGAGUUGGCGCGCGGGGGCCUGGCAUGCAGAAUUUCAGAGAGAAAGAUAUUGAUUGGAGUCACUCUGAAGAGAAGCACCAUGAAGCGAAAACAAAAAAGGAAACAUCUGGAAAGCACAUACUCCACCCAAAGUUUCAAGAAGUCAAGAGGUAAUUUCUCAUCAAACCUGAAUUUGCAAAAUCUGCAGCAUGGACACCAGGGAAUGCCCCCAACUCAAGAGCAGACUGCAAGGGGAGAUUCUUCUUCAGAUUGCUUCUCCGGCAAGUCUUCAGAAAACAAAGUCGCUGCUGCUGGAAUCUCCAAGUCACCCACAAAUGAUCUACCACCUGAGUACUUUUUAGAAGACACCCCUGUGCUCUCUGAGGCAAAACAUGCAUCCUCUGAAUUGGAAUAUUUAUCCGGCAACUCGUCCUUCUACUGUCGCUCUUGUGCUGAAGUCUUAAAAUCACAUGAAGGCUCAUCACGAUCUGGACCCUCUAAAUUGGUCCAAUUCCACAAGCAGAGGGAAGAGGAUUCAGGCUCAAGAGACAUCUGUGUCUCUUCUCCAGACAAGCUCAUUCACAGCGAAGACAGGAAAUGUCAAGAGGUUUUGCCUCCUCCUGAGUCAUGUGUGGUGGUCCCUGGUUGCAUCCAUGCAGUGGAAGAUAAGUCCUCUGCUGCAGAAUUCUUUUCCUGGACCUCCUCUGCAAACACGCUCAUUCCUGCUGAUGGGGAAGAAACACUUCAGUGCCAUCAAGAAAUAACCUGUCUUGGAUUCCACGAUAAUUUGGAGAGUUCUCCCCCCUUUCCACCAGCCUCCUUCUCAUUCCAUCCCAUCGGGAAUCCUAAACCCUCUUUAUCCUCAGAACACCCCAAAGGAGAGAGGCUCAUGAGAGUAUUUUACCUGCGUGUCCACCGGAAAAGGGGGGUGGCUGUCCUGUGUGAGGGCAAGAACAGACUGGAGCCGGCCUCAAAGAAGAGAAAAAUGGAAGAACUGACCAUUUCUGAAAUAAGUUCUCCCAAAACCGACCUCUCUUGUCCGUAUACAGAAGAACUCCUGAGUGACAGUGACUCCAGCUGGAACAACGAAGCCCAGGAGGAAAGGCAGGAGGUUGAGAGUCCAACAGAGCUUCCCCCUCUAGAGGGAUGUUCCAUGGCCAUGCCGCCCGAGUGGCUGCUGGCCCCAGAAAGCGGUUUCAAGUGUAUGGCCUGCUGCCGGGUCUUCCCCACCUUAGAGGCCCUCAAGCAGCAUGUGCAGAAUGGAGUCAGUGAGGGCUUUAGCUGCCGCGUUUUCCACGUAGCCAUGACGUGGCUGGAGAACAAGCAGAAGACGGUCGAGAGGAAGACGGAAGAGGAAGAAAAAGGAGGGCAGGAAGAUAACACACAGAUACCAGGAGAAAAACCAUUUUGGCUUAAAGAAUUAUUAAAGAGAUUAUUUUUCGGCUGCUUUCGAGGGAGGAAGUAGAAUAGACCACACUCUGCUGAGGCGGCUUUAUCCUGCCCAAACAACCCCAGUCCCCAAGGUUUUUUAUUUACACCCACCCCGUCCCCACCGCUAUCACCACACCACCAGGAGGAGCAGAGAGCCAUUUUCAGGUCUACCCAGGGUUCUCCCGACAAGGGGAGAACAUGCUUUCCCUCACAUGCCCGCCCACACAGUUACUUGCCUGGGGCGCUGUACUCAUUAUGGAGACAGGAAAAGCUAGUGCACAAUUGAAUCCAAAAGCAGAGAAAACCCACCCCUUUGGCUUUCAUGUGCUUAUGCACAUGCAGGUGUACACACACUUCUUCUACGGUGACAGUUGAAAGGAUGGAACGUGUCACAAACCAUCAGAGACCAUCAAAUAUAUGCACCCCAGGGCGUUCCAAAAAUCAGACUACCAUCAAGGUUCAUAGUUUGAAACACACAAAAGCUACCAAUUUCUGAGCAAGCUAGUUUGCAUGUUGAAUGGUUUGCAUGUCACUGAACACUUGUACAUUUAUAAAGAUAAAUCUUCAUUUUUUUUUCUCCUCUGCCAUCUUCAAUCAUAGUGACACAUACCCAGAAAAUAAUUUAAAAAGCGUUCGUCAGAGUUCAUGAGGCCAUACGAGGGACAUUUCAAUAGUGCCACUUUCAGACGGUGGUGUCCAUAAUUUGUAGCUUUUGUACUUCUGAUAGUGUUCAAACUGAAAACUGCCCUAUGUAUGUAUAUACAUAUAGGUGUCCCAAAUCCCAUAGGGCAGUUUUCAGUUUUAAUAAUAUCAAAAAGUGCAACAAAAGCUACUAAUUAUAAACACCACCAUCUGAAAGUGGCACUAUUUGAAUGUCCCUCCUAUGGCCUCAUGAAUUGUGAACUGUCACUAGCACUUUUUAAAUUUGUGUGUAUGUGUGUGUGUCCCUCUGAUUGAAGAUGGCAGAUGACAAAGGAAAUGAAAAUUUAUCUUUGAAAUUGUACAAUGAAUGUGUUAAGUGCCAUGCAAAUAUAGCAUACACACGUUUCAUAUAUAUGAUAUACAUGCAUAUAUGCCUAGAAACACAUGGAAAUAUAUACAUGUAUAUAUCAUCUCUAUAUCCAUGGUUAUCUUGAAACUAUUUUUUAUGUCCAUCGCCCGUAUGGCUAUAUGUGUAAAAGAAGUGUCGUGUACCUCAGUGUCCUAGAAAAGAUCGAUUAUAGUUGCUUUUGGUUUCAUCUGCCUAGUUCUUUUUUCCACUUCCUUUGAUAAGAGGCUCUACUUUCUGUCCACAAAUAUAUAGGCAAGUAAGUCAGACUUCCCUUAAGAAAGCAAAGUCCUUAAUUCACUACUUGGCUUCCAUGAUUCACCCUCGGAAGAAUCAUCAGUCUGGGUUGGAGAAAUCUUUACCAAUAGCUUGGACAAUGAAAAUAGAGGAGCUAGAGACUGGGCAGUUGGGAAUCUUUUGCCUGCAACUGAAGAAAGAUAUAGGAGCCUCUACGACUGGCCUUUCUUCAGUUCCUCCUUUUUGGAAGACCUGGCUGUUUGAACUAUUAGUUUAAUAUGCUAAGCAUCCCCACUAACCCUUCAAUAAAGGCUUGUUUGGUCCCAUUA